GCGCAAGGCGAGGCGGCCUGGCCGGGCUCAUCCGGGCUUUGCGCGCUCUUCGGCGGCUCUUUCGAUGUCCUGCGGGGGACGCUGAGCCGGCCCAGCCGCGCUGGGGCUUCUCUUUCCCGGCCAUGGCGGCGGCGGCGGCAACACUCCAAGAAGCUUCCGAAAGGCAUUGCUGGGUGUGUUUUGCCACCGAAGGCGAUGACCGGUCGGCAGAGUGGGUCUGUCCUUGUCGUUGCAAAGGAUCCACCAAGUGGAUCCACCAGGCCUGCCUCCAGCGAUGGCUGGAUGAGAAGCAAAAGGGGAACAGUAUCGGCAGCGUGAAUUGUCCCCAGUGUGGAACUGAGUACUGCAUCGUCUUCCCCAAAGUAGGACCCGUGGUCUAUUUCCUGCAGCAAGUGGACCGGAUUUUAUCCAAAGUCAGCCCUUUUGCUGCUGCUGGCAUUGUGGUCGGGACACUCUACUGGUCGGCAGUGACAUAUGGAGCUGUGACUGUGAUGCAGGUAGUUGGCCAUAAGAAGGGCCUGGAUGUGAUGGAGCGAGCCGACCCCCUCUUCCUGCUCAUGGGGCUGCCCACCAUUCCGGUCAUGCUAGUACUGGGCAAGAUGAUCCGUUGGGAAGACUACAUCCUUCGGGUGUGGCGGAAAUACUCUAGCAAGCUCCAGGUCCUGCAUUCCUGGGUUCCAGGAUCCAACCGUACGAUCCCAUCGAUACCUCUGGCCGAGUCACGCUACCAGAGCGACCACCUUUCCAUCUCGCGCACCUUGUGUGGGGCCCUGGUGUUCCCAACUAUUGCCAGCCUUGUGGGCCGGGUCACAUUUCGGAGAGUCAACUCCAACCUCCAGCGUACUAUCCUGGGUGGCAUUGCAUUCGUGGCCAUCAAGGGGGCAUUGAAAGUUUAUUUCCGCCAACAGCAGUACUUAAUCCAAGCCAACCGGCGCAUCCUUAACUUUGUGGAGAAAGAGGAGGUGGAAAAGGACUUGGCUCAGCCCGAGGAAGACAGCGGCAGCGAAGUGGGGCUCAGCUAGAAAGUACAGUCAUGGCUUCUGCAGAUCCCUUCAUCCCCCUAUUCCAGAAUAACCGAAUUCUCCUCUAAAAGAGAUUGUAGCUCACCCAGUGUCCCUUUUGAAGCAAGUGCCUUUUGGGCAACCCAGAUGUGGCUGCUUUGUGUUGUGGGGAGAGGUUGACCUGAGGUUGGGUGACCCAAAUAUCUGCAGUCUUCCCUUACCAGUAAACAAUGCUCAUUUCCAAGCAGGUUCCA